AUGGAGUUAACAAGUGAAAUUCAGGAAAAAACGAGAGAAGCCUUUGUUGAUUACUUAGCUGAUCCGUUAGAUGAAGGAGAUAUGAUAUUAGUUAUGAGUGAUAAACCAGUUGAAGAAACACACGAAACAGCCAUUAAUUACUGUAACAUUCUUCGCGAUCUUAAGAAUCCAAAUUCUCGAAACAAAACAAGUUUACAUCAAAGAUUUAACAUUGAAAGGUAUAAUGUCGAAAAACUACAAGCAGAAAUUCGAAAUCAUCUUAAAACAACUAAAGUACAACCAGUUUUAGACGGAAUAAAAGUAAUUUCGGAUUAUUUAAAUGGAAAUAACGAAGUUACAGCAACAAUUACAUCAUUUGGUGUUUUGCUUACAUAUUUAAAUCAAUACAUGAUAUUCAAACAGCAGACAGAAGAACUUGUUGUCCAAAUUAUCAAAAAAGUCGAAGAAUUUACGAGCGAUGCCCAAGAAAUCUUCGGAUUACUAUUAAAAACAGACGAACCACUUACUGAUGAGCAAAUUGCCAAGCUUUUACCAACGAAUAUCACUGAUAGAACAUUACAUAUCAUAACACCCAGAUUAGGAGAGCUUCUUAAGCACAAAGACCUUCAAGAUAAGUUCUGCAACACAGACAUUAUUACAAAAGACCUCGAUAUCCAUUUACUUCUCCCAAUAUAUCUAGAUUUGGCCGACCAAGGCGAACAGAUCUACAAUUUCGCAGUUUCGCUUUCAUAUGAAGCCCCAAUUUCAAUCAUCAACAGCGCAAUCCGAAAUUUACUCUCUCCCAAGAAUAAAAUUAGGCAAUGUGCUUUAGAUUGUCUUUCAGUCAGUUCCAUACAACCAGACGAUGUCAACCACAAGCUAUUUUGUCUUAUCUUCAUGCAAGGAGGCACGAAUCCUUCCGCCGUUGAGUUAUUGAAGAAAUUACAUCUUAAACGUCCGAGAGUUGACUUAAUUUACAGGAUGUACAAUGAUCUGUUCAAAUUGAAGAACAAGGAUGAAUCAUUAGUUGAAGAUGUUGGUCGAUCAUUUGCUGUUUUGAUGGCGAAAGAAGAUCAAGAAGAAUUUAUCAAAUAUUUAGUGAAUAUUUUCGAAAGUAAUUCGAUAACAAAUGUUUCCGAUGCAGAAAAACAGUUCCAAAAUGAUGUUCGAGCAUCCGUUUCUUUUGCUUUGUUACAGUUCAAGCCAUUAACCGAGGAAUGCAUGAAUUUCAUCAUAACAACAGGUUUAAGUGACAAUAAUCCUGUUGUUAUUAAGAAUUUCAGCGAAUUGAUAAAGUUUUACAUCGAAAACUUCGAAGAAGAUGAAAGGAAUCUACUUUAUAACAAGAUGUAUACUAUUUUGAAUCUUCCUCCUUUGGAUAUUGAAUCAAACAUCCAAUUGAGAUUGAGUUUGAUUGAAUUAUGUUUGCAAAUUGUUCUUGAUGACAAGGAUUCGAUUUAUGAUUUCGUUUUUAUGCUAAUUUCUCAAAAUUUAAGGUCAAAUGAUGAAAGACUUAAAACUACAAGUUGCAAAGCUAUUUCUAGUAUAUGUAAGAAAUAUCCUGAAGUUGUUGAUUUCUAUUUACCUCAAGUUGUUCAAAUUCUUCCGAAAUUGACAACAAAAGAAAAAAUUGAAUCUUAUUCUUACGCUUAUUCUUCUUUUGUUCAUUCUCUUGGUAUCACAGGAUUGAAUACAAAACAAGUGUUUGAGUUCACACAUUCACUUGCUAUUUCUUCUGAUCAAUCUGUUAGAGAGAUCUUCGGUUUCGUUGUUAUCUCUCUUUCUAGUUUAUUUAAAGGUUUGUUGGAACCGAGUUUGCCAAAAUUUUUAUCUGAUUUGUUUAAAUUGACAGGAGAUUCGAAACAAAACGUGAGAGAAUCAGCAGAUUCAUGUCUUGAAGUUGUUACUUCCAAUUUAACAAAGGCUUGUUCUGAAAGAGCUCUUCCUAUUGCAAUUAAAUUUGCUUCAGAUGAUAAUUCAUGGAAAUCUCAAUACAAAGCAAUUAAUUUUAUUAACAAUUUGUUUAAGAAAGGAACAAAAAACAUGCAUCGAUAUAUAUUCGAUAUUGUUAGUUCUAUAUCUCUUUCUGUUAAGUCUGCAUCAACUGAUGUAAAGAAAGCCAGUUCUGAAACAUUUGAAUACAUUAAAUCAUUGAUAACAAAUGAAAGUGUUUCAAAAAUUUUCGAAUCUCUUGUUGAAAGUUUAAUUAGCCAAAGUAAUGUAGAUAACGCUUUAGAGAAAUUGAUGCAUAUGAACUUGGACAGUAAAUUAGAUGUUGAUUCAUUAUCAUUGAUUGUUCCUGUUUUAAUUAAUGGUUGUAGAACAAAUUCCAAUGAAACAAAAUUAAAUUCAUUGAAAAUUAUUACGAAUCUUCCACAGAUUUCUGUUGAUGGAUCAUUGAAAGUAUUCUCUGAUCAAUUAGUUCCUUCCGUCUACCAAUUGAUCUCUGAUGCAAAUCCGAAUACUCGUGCUUUGGCUUCGAGUUGUUUAUCUAAAUUAAUUGUCAAAUUUAAUACAAGUGUUUAUGACAAUGUAAUGAAUCAAUUGAUCAAUGAAAUGAUCAGUAAGAACAGUUUCUCUGAGAGACAAGGUUGUGCAAUGACAAUUGCUUCGCUUAUUAAAACAAGAGGUGUUGAAGAACUCAAUAAACAAUUGCUUGAUUUCAUUGAAAAAGCGAGAAACGACAAAAACAUACAAGUUAGAGAAUGUUAUGUUUCUCUUUUAGGUUUCUUGAGUCAUUUCUUUGGCGCUGAAGAAUUUAGUUCAUGUUAUGAUAUAACUAUUGAUGCUGUUCUUGAAGCAUGUUCAGAUACAAGUGAUGUAAUAAGAACUGUUGGAUUAAGAAGUGUUUCUUUGAUUGCAAAAACAUUUGCACAAUCAAAACCUGAUUUAAUUAUCAAUCCAUUUAAUAACUGUGCAUUGAAAGAUAACUGGAGAUACAGAUUGUGCGCUGUUCAUUUCCUUAAAUCAUUUGUUAGUGCAUGCUUAGGAACAUCGGAAGCAGAUGACAGAGGAAUAAGAAACAUCGGAGAACUGUUGACACAAAUAGAAAAAUCUCUUCAACCUGAUAUUUGUGCACAAACAUUAGUUACAUUGUUUAUUUUGUGUAGCGAUCCUGUUUCAACAGUAAAACAAGAAGCAAUGAGUGUUUGGAGACAAAUUGUGCCAAAUACUGGUGGUUAUCUUCGUGAACACGUUGAAACAUAUAUAGAUACUGUUACUUUGUUUGUUACAAGUGAUAGAGAAGUUGUUAGAACAGUUGGUGCCCUUUCAAUGAAAGAAUUUGUCCACAAAGUUGGUGGUCAAAGUUUAAUUUCUCUCGUUGAAAAACUUGAAGAACUUAUUAAAAUUGAAGAUAUCGAUAUCGAACAUGGUGUUUUACUUUGUAUACAUACAUUGGGCGAAGACAUGGAUUACGAUAUCAAACUUCGAAGUUUGCAAGUCAUUGCGCCAUUCAUGAGUUCUCCUUAUGAAAUUGUUCGUCUUGAAAGUUUAGGAACUUUCUCUGAUUUCAAGAAAUCUCUUGGAGAUGUUGGAACAAGAACAAUCUGCAGCAAACUCGUUGAUUUCGUUUAUUCAGAGUCACAAACUAAAGAAGAUAUCAGUGACUUGAAAGGUUUAAUCAACAGUUUGGACAGAACAUCAUUAAACCAACUCGUCAUGAAGAUUUUACAACGUCCUUUGAACGAACAAUCAUCAAGUAUUGGUGGAAAAAUCAUUUCCAUCAGUGAAGAUGCCUUAGAUCCAAUCUUUUCGAUAUUUGUUGAAAGAAUUUUUGGUAUAUGUGUUGAGAAAUGCGAAGGAGAAGAAGAAAAUGUCUCGUUAAACAUGUCAGAGAACAUAAUAAAUCAUUGCAACAAACAACAUCUGAAAAUAUUUGUUCAGAAGUUGUUGACAACAUUAAGAAGCCCUCAACCAGAAGAAAGAUAUCCAUCAAUGUCAUUAUUGAAGAGCGUGAUCGAGAAUCAUGAUUACGACAAAGAGAUCUUCGAAAGCAUCAUUCGAGGAACAAUUUAUGUCCUUGAUGAUCCCGUUGACAGUUUGAUGAACAUGUCAAUAGAAACAAUCAAAAUUGUUUGUGACAGAGCUGUUGAAAAACGAAAAGAAGAAGAACUAAUAGAUAUUUCUUUCUUCUUAUCAGAUACAUUAGAACAGAUUGGUUCAUCCAGUCAAUUACGUGCUUUCGAAUAUGAAUAUUCAUUCGAAUACAUCUAUCAGUUCAUCAUCGAAUGUCUUUGCAGUUCAUCGGAGAAUUCAGUUUUGAACACAGGAAAACUACUUAAAUGUAUCAUUCCUCAACUAAAGAAUCGACCGAAAUACACUCGAAAUCUCAUGUCAAAGAUCAUUUUCGCGUCACAGAUAACACAGAACACAGAUAUCACACAAGUUCUAUUAGAAGCAAGUCGUUGUUUGUUCAAGUUCUGCAAUGAUGAUCGUGAUCUCAUGAUCAACUCAUUUGCAAGCACUUUUAUCAAAUUGUUCAAAGAAAACAACACGACACUUCAAGAAUUUGUUAGUGACACAUUCUGUUUGUAUGCAAACAAGAUCUCUACACCAGAUAUUGUUAUCAAGAUCUUCCUUAUGAUUUUGAAACAACAAGGAAAACAAAUUUCAUCAAUCAUCAUUAAAUCAUUGAUCAAAAUCAUUUCGAACAAGAACAUCAGUCAAAACAUUUGUGAUUCAAUCAUCGAAGUCAUUGGACACAGUAUCCAUACAGGAACAAUCCAGAUGGUCAAGAUCAAGUCAGAGUUGAUUGCAAAAGCACUUAUUUCGGCUGGUGAAAUGUCAACACUUAAUUUCAUCAACUACAGAGGUUCAUUCGACAUCAACCGCGACGACAUGAAGAUUUCAUGCAUCACAAUCAUGACUGAGAUUGUCAACAGCAACAAGACGAACAUCAUCGACAUCAUCUUCAACGAGUUCAUGAACUUGAUCUCAAAGAUCGAUCGCGAGCGAAGUAAAGAUGCCAAGAUGUUGUAUCCGAAACUUAUUGUUUCAAUGAUCAUGGUUAAGAACGAAAUUUGUUCAGAUAUGAUGCCACACAUCAUCAACAUGAUUGAGAAAGAAGAUUCGGAAAUCAGAGUCGAAACAAUCCAGAACAUCCAGAGUUUCGCUUCUCUUGAUACAGAUGUUUUCGACAAGAUACAAGAAACAGUUCUGAAAACACUUGUCAAUUCAUAUCGAACAGGAGACAUGGCUGUUAAAUUUGCAUCAUCAAACACAUUGUUUGUUUUGUUCAAAUUAGAAGAACUUACACAACCACAGUUACAGAAGCUCGCAGAAGUUGUUGGUGAUGUUGAACGAACCAAGAAUGACUUCAACGAAAUCAUCAAACAAUCACAGUCAGAUAGAAACAACAAAAAGAUAAGAAGAUAA